CUUUUUUCAGUCUAAGUCUUGAUCUGGUCACCAGAGGAGGAAACCCCGUCCUUUCAUUGCUCCAACUCUCCGCUGGUGAGACAGAAAACUCGGCUGUUAACUCAGGUGUUUUGGACCAUGGGAGGUCAUUAUGGGCUGGUGGUUCUGGUGGGCGUGGCCUUGCUUCUGACGACCGGCCAAUGUGACACAAGUUGCGGUGGGAGAGACGGCCAGCCAGGAGUGGCAGGGACCCCGGGCAGAGAUGGAUGGCAUGGAGUGAAGGGAGAGAAAGGACAGCCAGCUGCGGUGGUCGAUGAUCCGGUGGACGUGGGCGUCUUACUGAGGCUGAGGGGGGAGAUGGGAAGUCGUGGCUUGCAAGGAGCCAUGGGUCCUAAAGGUUAUCAAGGAGAUCUGGGAGCAGCGGGUCUCCCGGGACAACCCGGCGGCCCCGGCGCUGAAGGGAAGAACUUCGGCGAUGGGCAGCACUCCCUUCAGCAGGCCCGUUCAGCCUUCUCGGUGAUCAGGACUGAUAGCAGUUUUCCUCGCUUCACACAGACAGUAACCUACGACAGCCCGGCUGUGGUCAACAAGCCUGGGGACUUUAACACGGCCACAGGUUACUUCACCUGCAGAGUACCUGGUGUUUAUUACUUCUCCUUCCACUCUAUGGCCAAGGUCAACAUGUGUCUGCGUAUAGCCAGUGAGGCUCUGUUCAAUAUGCUGGGAUUCUGUGAUUACAACAGGAACAAUGACCAGGUGCUGUCAGGUGGCGUGGUUUUACAGCUGUCAGCCGGACAGAGGGUUUGGCUCGAGUCCUUUAAGGACCAGCAGCAAGAUACUGAUCAACGAGACACACGAGACAAACUGAUCAUCUUCAACGGCUUCCUGCUUUUCUAAAAUCCAGUUCAGUUGUAGAGCUGGAGUCGGUGCAGAAAACCAGCAGCGCUUCAUGAAUUCAGCUUCUAAAAAUCCUCUGAUUCCAGAUCACAUUUCUCAAAGUUGUUUUUAGAAGGACAAUUUACCAUUACAGUAAUGUUUGUGAAACUAUUACUCAUGUUUCCUUUGCCUGUAAACUCACAGGUAACUUCAACUGAUUUGUUUCCUUCAUAUUGAUGCAUGUAAACCCUCUCAAGUUUGACGUUGUGUGUGAAUGCUACUGAAACAACAUUAAAGUUUAUUAUUGACUGUU